AUGACUGAAAAGAGCCAGGUGUUGGAUGUGUUGAUCAUUGGUGCCGGCAUAGCCGGUCUUUCGGCGGCGAUUGCGCUGGGAAAGCAGGGUUAUCGUGUUGUGGUCUUAGAGAAGUCGAGUUUUCUCAGAGAAACCGGGGCGGCCAUUCACCUGCCGCCGAACUGCACCGCAUUGUUGCGAUGGAUGGGUGUCAACCCCGAGGAAUUUGGAGGCACUCUUCUUGAAGAGAUUCAUCGGUACGACUUUGACGGCAAUCUGAAGUUCAAGCAAGAUUUCGCCGAGAUUCGCCAGCAUUGGCAAGCGGAAUGGUAUUUGAUCCACCGAGUCGAGCUGCACAAUAGCCUUAAGCUCCGCGCGCUCGAGACGGCGGAGCUACACCUGAAAUGCAAAAUCUCCGAGAUCGACUUGGACACACCUCGCCCGUCUGUGACGCUGGAAGAUGGUCGCGUGUUCCAGGCUGAUCUUCUACUUGGCGCAGAUGGCCUUCAUUCCCAAGUUCGGCCGGUCAUCGCGCCCGGGGUGUCGCCGUAUCCGGUAGGCAUGUCCUGCUUCCGCUGGCUUCUGUCGAUGGACGAGUUGAAGAAAGAUGAGGCCACGCAGGCGUAUGUGACCGACCCAGGAUUGUUUCUGGAGUGGAGUGCAAAAGACCGGCGGCUCGUGGCAUACCCCUGCUCGAACAAUACCAUUUUCAACCUGUGUGCCUUCAUUCCUUCUAGCGAGGGAAAGGCCGGCGCGGGCGAAGACAACUGGCAAACCGUCGGCGACCAGCAGGCGAUAAUCCAGGGGUUCUCGGGCUUUGCGCCCGCAGUCGAGCGGAUCGUGGGCCACGCCGAUCAAACACUCAAGGUCUGGGAUCUGUACGACAUGGAUCCCCUCGCCACCUGGGUCCAGGGACAUGCAGCGCUGCUGGGCGACGCUGCACACCCGUUUCAGCCAUAUAUGGGUCAAGGUGGCGCGAUGGCGAUUGAAGACGCUGUCAGCAUCGCGACCCUGCUCCCUCUCGGCACUUUGGCGCGGGAGAUCCCCGCGCGAUUGGAGCUGUAUCAGUCUGCACGGCGCCCGCGAGUUGACCUGGUGCUGCAUUAUACCCGGCUGAAUGGUCGCCGCGAGGACGACGAGAAUAAUGUUCGCAUCACGCCGGCGGAGAUGGUCGAGUUCAUGAAUAUCUGCGUCUCGCACAACGAGCGAGAGGGCGUCUCUGAAGCUGUUGAA